AUGAGCUUGUCUCUCAUACAAGGCUACUCUUCUGCCGAAGAAGAUGAUCACCCCCACUUCCAUGAUUCUUCUUCCGACGACGACGCCGCCGCCCACCACGAUGUCGUCACUGUCGAACCCUCAGCGGCGUCCCACCCAUCAUUGGGCAACCGAUCCAUCUUCGACCGCCCCCAACCUUCCUCUGCUUGCGGUCUUCCUUCUACAUUCGAUGCAUUCUCCGAAGUUGCAGGGCCGCCCCAAUUUCUGAAUAACAGCGAGGAAUAUAAUCCGGUGAAAGAUGCUGAGCCGCAACAAGGGAGGCAUGGCAGCAGGAGGAAUCGUAAGGAUAAAAAGGAUUUACCCACAGGUGCGGUGGUAGAGGCAAAGCCUCAAUUGGUUGGGAUCCAUGAACGAGUAAGAAGUGACAAUGGUAGUCAACCACCGACAUCAGUUCUGUCAAGCACCCCAGAAGAAGGCAAGCGGAUGCCAACGGCAACCAAUCCCAAUACUGAAUUUUGGGCAAGAUCCCUACUGUUAUCAAUGUCUUUUAGGAUGCGAGCUCGAGUCAAACUGACCUCCACUUCUUCUCCAGCUUGA